AUGCCUGGCGGGUACAUCUGUGACUCCGAUGCUUGGCCGGCUAACGAUGAUAUCAUUCCGGCCAAUUACCGUUUCUUGGCGUCGCAACCCUUUUUCAUCAAGCUGACACUAGAGUUCCAAUUCAAAAAUGAACCAGAUGGGAGUCCAGGCAGCACCACAAUCAUGAAAGAGUUGUUUGUCCCAAGAGACGAACGUAUGGGAAUCUCGAGGGAAGCGUGGGGCUUGAUUCGGGACGGGCUUUACCAGAUGGGCUCACCACAAAGCAUUGUUGGGGAGACCAUCCUUCAGCUCACAUGUUGUGCCAUGCAGAUGAUCAGAGAUCCGGCCAAUGCAGGGCGGAUGGUGCUUCCGAUGGAAGCUCAUGUCACUUGCGUUGAGGAGGAAGAAACGGAAACAUUGGAGGAUAUCGUGAAGAUGGAAGAGGUGGUGGUGGAGACGACGGACGUGUGUGCUGUGUGCUUGGUGGAUAUGGAGGCGGGCUCGGUGGCAAGCAGGCUCCCCUGCAUGCAUGAAUUCCAUGCGGCUUGCAUUGGUGAAUGGUUCACAUAUAACAUUUCUUGCCCAAUUUGCCGUACCGAAUAUUAG